AUGGAGAUGACCCAAGUCGAGGCGUUACAGCUGAUCGUCCUGCCGCCGCGUUUCCUGCAACAUCUGCGCGAUGCUGGCGGUGCAGCGAUCGCAGAUCUUUUGCAACGAGCAAUUGCUGUCGAAGAGGAGGCAGAGCCGCUUGCAGCUAUCACUACUUCAGAAAAACAUGCAGCGCUAGAGAUGUUGGCAAGCGCUGCUUACGAGCGCACGUGGGAGAAACUGCACUGUGGCAGCUGGAACGACGUGCUGCCUGUAUGGCGUCAAGCGUUUGGGCUCGCGAGUGUGCUACAGGCGGUCUGUCUGCUUCGACGGCAGCGAUUGUCAGACUGUCUCAAGACGCUCGAUAUGUGUCUCAUGAUGGCUGGACCGUUUGCUCCAUCUGAGACACACCAGUUUCUUGCUGGAGUCGAGCAGCAGCUCGAGGAGCAGCGUCUGAGCAAGAAGGAGAAGGUGCGGUGCGUCAAGAAACUGCGGCUAGAAAAGCGUAUGUUGUUUGCUGCAGGCGAUGCAAAGGAGCAAGAACAAAAGUUGGCGUUUCCUCUUCGGAAAAUGAAGACGCCAACGCUUGAGGAAUUCCGCAAUCACAUAAUGAUGCAAAACAAACCAGUUGUUAUCACGGGAGCGAUGGAGUUCUGGCCGGCACUAGGACGAGCUGCUGGACCCGAUCGAGCAUGGAACAGCGAGAAGUAUAUACGCUGCGUCGCAGGUUUGCGAACAGUGCCCAUUGAGGUAGGGUCGAGCUACACUGGAGACGAUUGGGGGCAAGAGCUAAUGACCAUAAGCGACUUUCUGGAUCGGCAUAUUCUUCCACAGCUUGAAGAUGCUACGAAUGCUACCGACAGUGACACGUCUGAAAGUCACGCCCCUUCAUCAUCUGAGAAGCUGGGGUAUCUGGCUCAACACCGCCUUUUUGACCAGAUUCCAGCGCUGGGACGAGACAUUGUCAUCCCGGACUACUGCACUAUACAACGUGCUGACGAUCAUACGAGCAAUGACGAAGACGAAGACAUCACGAUCAACUGCUGGUUUGGGCCUGGAGAAACCGUUUCGCCUCUGCAUUUCGACCGCAAAGAUAACCUACUUUGCCAAGUCGUUGGUAUCAAGUACGUGCGACUCUUUGCACCACAGGAGAGCGAGAAACUGUACGCAAUGGAAGGUUUGCUGUCGAACACAAGUCAAGUGCAAGUGGAAAAUCCAGACAUCGAGAAGUUUCCUGACUUUUGUCACGCAAAGUACGUCGAGUGCAUUCUAGGCGAGGGCGAGAUGCUGUACAUUCCUCCCAAAUACUGGCACUAUGUGAAGUCUCUCUCGACCAGCUUUUCCGUAAGCUUCUGGUGGUCAUAG